CCGGUCCGGGUUCGCUUGCCUCGUCAGCGUCCGCGUUUUUCCUGGCCCCCCCCAACCCCCCCGGACAGGACCCCCUUGAGCUCGUCCCUCAGCUGCCACCAUGAGCGACCAAGAUCACUCCAUGGAUGAAAUGACAGCUGUGGUGAAGAUUGAAAAAGGAGUUGGUGGAAAUAAUGGGGGCAGUGGUAAUGGUGGUGGUGCCUUUUCUCAGGCUCGAAGCAGCAGCACAGGCAGUAGCAGCAGUGGAGGAGGAGGAGGGCAGGAAUCCCAGCCAUCCCCUUUGGCUCUGCUGGCAGCAACUUGCAGCAGAAUUGAGUCACCCAAUGAAAACAGCAACAACUCCCAGGGCCCGAGCCAGUCAGGGGGCACAGGUGAGCUUGACCUCACAGCCACACAACUCUCACAGGGUGCCAAUGGCUGGCAGAUCAUCUCUUCCUCCUCUGGGGCUACCCCUACCUCAAAGGAACAGAGUGGCAGCAGUACCAAUGGCAGCAAUGGCAGUGAGUCUUCCAAGAAUCGCACAGUCUCUGGUGGGCAGUAUGUUGUGGCUGCCACGUCCAACUUACAGAACCAGCAAGUCCUGACAGGAUUACCUGGAGUGAUGCCUAAUAUUCAGUAUCAAGUAAUCCCACAGUUCCAGACCGUUGAUGGGCAACAGCUGCAAUUCGCUGCCACUGGGGCCCAAGUGCAGCAGGAUGGUUCUGGUCAAAUACAGAUCAUACCAGGUGCAAACCAACAGAUCAUCACAAAUCGAGGAAGUGGAGGCAACAUCAUUGCUGCUAUGCCAAAUCUACUCCAGCAGGCUGUCCCCCUUCAAGGCCUGGCUAAUAAUGUACUCUCAGGACAGACUCAGUAUGUGACCAAUGUACCAGUGGCCCUAAAUGGGAAUAUCACCUUGCUACCUGUCAACAGCGUUUCUGCAGCUACCUUGACUCCUAGCUCUCAGGCAGUCACUAUCAGCAGCUCUGGGUCCCAAGAGAGUGGUUCACAGCCCGCCACCUCAGGGACUGCCAUCAGUUCUGCCAGUUUGGUAUCAUCACAAGCCAGUUCCAGCUCCUUUUUCACCAAUGCCAAUAGCUACUCAACAACUACUACCACCAGCAACAUGGGAAUUAUGAACUUUACCACCAGCGGAUCAGCAGGGACCAACUCUCAAGGGCAGACACCCCAGAGGGUCAGUGGGCUACAGGGGUCUGAUGCUCUAAACAUCCAACAGAACCAGACAUCUGGAGGCUCUCUGCAAGCAAGUCAGCAAAAAGAGGGAGAGCAGAACCAGCAGACACAGCAACAGCAGCAAAUUCUUAUCCAGCCUCAGCUUGUUCAAGGGGGACAGGCUCUCCAGGCCCUCCAAGCAGCACCAUUGUCAGGGCAGACCUUUACAACUCAAGCUAUCUCCCAGGAAACCCUCCAGAAUCUCCAGCUUCAGGCUGUUCCAAACUCUGGCCCCAUCAUCAUCCGGACACCAACAGUGGGGCCCAAUGGACAGGUCAGUUGGCAGACUCUUCAGCUGCAGAAUCUCCAAGUUCAGAACCCACAGGCCCAGACAAUCACCUUGGCCCCAAUGCAGGGCGUUUCCUUGGGGCAGACCAGCAGCAGCAAUACCACCCUUACACCCAUUGCCUCAGCUGCCUCCAUCCCUACCGGCACAGUCACUGUGAAUGCUGCUCAGCUCUCCUCCAUGCCUGGCCUCCAGACCAUUAACCUCAGUGCAUUGGGUGCUUCAGGAAUCCAGGUGCACCAGCUUCCAAGCCUGCCCUUGGCUAUAGCAAAUGCCCCAGGUGAUCAUGGAGCUCAGCUUGGCCUCCACGGAGCUGGUGGUGAUGGAAUACAUGAUGACACAGCAGGUGGAGAAGAAGGAGAAAACAGCCCAGAUCCCCAACCCCAGGCUGGUCGGAGGACCCGGCGUGAAGCAUGCACCUGCCCCUAUUGUAAAGAUAGUGAAGGAAGGGGCUCUGGGGAUCCUGGCAAAAAGAAACAGCACAUUUGCCACAUCCAAGGCUGUGGGAAAGUAUAUGGCAAGACCUCACACCUACGGGCACACUUGCGCUGGCAUACAGGCGAGAGGCCAUUCAUGUGUACUUGGUCAUACUGUGGGAAGCGCUUUACACGUUCAGAUGAGCUACAGAGACACAAACGCACACACACAGGUGAGAAGAAAUUUGCCUGCCCUGAGUGUCCCAAGCGCUUCAUGAGGAGUGACCACCUGUCAAAGCAUAUCAAGACCCACCAGAAUAAGAAAGGAGGCCCAGGUGUAUCCCUGAGUGUGGGCACUUUGCCCCUGGACAGUGGGGCAGGUUCAGAAGGCAGUGGCACUGCCACCCCUUCAGCCCUUAUUACCACCAAUAUGGUAGCCAUGGAGGCCAUCUGUCCAGAGGGUAUUGCCCGUCUUGCCAACAGUGGCAUCAACGUCAUGCAGGUGGCGGAUCUGCAGUCCAUUAAUAUCAGUGGCAAUGGCUUCUGAGAUCAGGCACCCGGGGCCAGAGACAUAUGGGCCAUACCCAUCAACCCUGGGAUGCAAGGUAGCAUGGGUCCAAGAGACAUGUGGGAGAGAGAGCCAUGAGGCAUUAAAAUGCAUGGUGGUGGGAAGAAUUUGGGGGAGGGAUACAAGAGAAGAGAUGGGGUCCUGGCACCCACCUAUAUCAUCAGUACCUCCUUGAAGUGGGAAACAUUAGUGAAAAUUCUGUUGGUGCCACCCUUUGAUGGGCAUUUCUUUGACCCCAAACAGUUUCUUAUACUUCUUACCCCAGCCUCCCCUUCCUGCCUUUCCCUUCUCAGCUCCCCCAUGAUGGAUCCCCCCCCUUUCCUAAAGCCAUCAUGCCUUGAUAAAUAUAUAUGAUCAUUGAAAUACUUUUUAACAAAAAAAAAAAAAAAAACCAGAUUCUAUAUUAUAUAUAUAUACAUAUAUAUAUAUAUAUAUAUAUAAAAGAUAUAUAGAGAUGCAUUUGCAGGGGUUGGCUGGGAGGAGGAAGGAGACCAUUCUCUGACCAAAAUACCUUGGUCAUUUUUUAUAUUGCCUUAUUUCCCUAUGGCUGAGCCUUGUUGUGACACAUCAAGCUUUUCUAGAGAUGUUGUCUUGGCUUCCCACCAGAUUAAGCAUUCAUAUGCUCUGCUUUUAGUUUAUAUACACAUACAUAAUGUUUUUCCUUUCUUAAUUUUGUCUUUUUAUUUGGGAUCAGCUUCUUGCACUCCUUUCUUGACUCAACCUUUCUGUCUCCCUUUCUCUCACCUGAUUGCUUCAUAUUUUGUAAUGAUCCCUGGAUGAGGCACUUCUGUCAACCUUUUAAGGUUCUUGGUCCCAGCAGCAGAAUGGAGAGCCUUGAAACCCAGGUUGAUGCUUGAGGUAGCUGUGGAGAGAGUGUUCAAAACUACUACUGACGCAGGCACCCUCUUGGUGCUGGAGAGUCAAAGGCACCUCUUCUCAUCAGCUGCUGUAAGCAUCAAGAGUCAGAAGUUUUUCUGUGGAAUUGUACAAGAGACCCUUUAAAGGUUAUAAUCUGGGAUCAAUUUGUGUAAACUGUCAAAAGUGGUCAAAUAAUAUGUAGGGGCUUUCAAUAGGAAAAUGAUGCGCUCAAAAGUGGAAGUGACUCAGAGUAGUCCAGUUCAGGAAUUAGUGGAGUAUUUGGACUUUUGUACAGCUGUCUUCCAAAGUAGGUCUAAGCUUUGGUAUGGGUUUCUGAGGUCACAUUCUGAAAGGAAAUGCACUUCCUCUUUUGAACAUCCCUGGUAGUUUCUUUCUCAUGUUAUUAAGGAGCAUCAGCCAAUAAAUCUGUUCCAGGUUUCCAUUCUGCAGAGCUCCAGAGUCUGUACCCGUGGCAAGGCAGUGGUUCUUUGAUCUUUUCUCUUAAUUCUUCCUUGGGUGGUUCCUAAGGGAAAAGGAAGCACAUGAUCAUGGGAACAACAGCCCAGAACAAAAAGAAAUCUUGUCUUACCACUGUGGUUUAUAGGAGAGAUUGGGAGACACCAUCCUGCUUUCUCCAUGGCCUGAUUCUUGAAGAGACUGAUCCAAAAAUUAUAGCGGCAGGGAACUCUUAGUGCAUUUGGCACUGAGACUUAAAUGCAACCAGAGUUGUCCUCAAGGCCCAGCCAUUAAAACAUUGUCUCUCUUGACCUUCUGGUAUCUGUCAGAGAGCUUUUCACUGUGAGGAAGUGUGGAAAUGGCUGUGUGUAUGUGUGUAAUCUGUUAGAUUGGGGAUAGGUUUUCUGUUAGCCUAUACUAAAAGAGACCUGCAAUAAAAAAUUGCCCUGAUCUGAUAGAAAAUGAA